GGAGACUUUUGAAGUGGGCGGGCGCCAAGAAGCGCCACUGUCCGAGCUCGAAGGGGGUGAAAAUCCUCAAUAUGCGCCGAUUUACGUUAGUUUGGAGGAUUUUGUUCGCCCAAAUAAAUGUUUUUGAUAUGCAAACAACACGUUAAUAUGACACUACCGCGAAGAUAUAACGGUUGCUUUAUAUCAUCUGUGGUUUAAGGAGUAUUUUGGUGCUAUUCGGCAUGAAUUCGUCGGUUUCGGGCAUCGCUAAGCUAACUGGCUAACGGCAGUUUUCUCGAUUUAACGGAUUUAGAUGAAACAUUCAGAUGAAUGGUGUUAAUGUUUAAUAUAAUCGUGCUUUACUGGUCCGAGUGACCGGUAUCUUUCCUUAUCCGAUGUCUAGAUGAUGGUAAAGUCCGCUUUCCACCGUUAGCUGGUUUAGCUGGUUAGUUUUCUCUAUAUUUUUUUGCCCUUUUGUUCCAGUUUUGUGAUUCGUAUUGUUUCUGAUGGCGCCUCAGAAAUACUCCGCUCAGGUUAUGAGCGCUGCUUCACACGGCAAAGCCAAUGGCUCCAUGUACCCUUCAUCUACAUCUUCGUCUUCAUCUUCAUCAUCAUCUUCGGCUGUGAACGCUGUAAAAAAGCCCAAGAUGGAGCAGAUUCAAGCGGACCAUGAGCUAUUUCUGCAGGCCUUUGAGAAGCCUACGCAAAUAUACAGAUUUCUGCGGACAAGGAACCUAAUUGCUCCGAUUCUGCUGCACAGAUCUCUGACCUUCAUGUCCCACAGAAACUCUCGAACAAAUGCCAACAGGAAAAUGUUUAAAGUGGAUGACAUGCUUGCCAAAGUGGAGCGAAUGAGGGGAGACCAGGAAUCUCACAGCUUAUCGUCACACCUGCAACUGACCUUUACUGGAUUCUUUCAUAAGAAUGAUAAGCCAUGUCAAAACUCAGAAAAUGAACAAAACUCAGUUUCUCUUGAGGUGCUACUCGUCAAAGUCUGCCAUAAAAAGCGUAAGGAUGUCAGUUGUCCUAUAAAGCAAGUGCCUACGGGGAAAAAGCAGGUGCCUUUGAAUCCAGAUCUCAGCCAAACCAAGCCUGGUGCCUUUCCCUCCCUACUCGUGUCAAGCAGUGAGUUCGAGCCCAGUAACAGCCACAUUGUGAAGUCCUACUCACUCCUGUUCCGAGUGUCGCGGCCGGGGAAGAGAGACUCCAAUGGCUUCAUUAAUGGAGAGACUGAUGAAAACAUAGAUGUGAAGGAUGAGCCCCCAAGCAGGAAGAAGAGGAGCGCGUCCCAUCGUGACGACGGAGACUCUACAGAAACAUUUGUCGCACAGAUGACCGUCUUUGAUAAGAACAGGCGGCUGCAGCUGCUGGAUGGAGAGUAUGAGGUGUCCAUGCAGCAGAUAGAAGACUGUCCGGUCAGCAAGAAAAGAGCCACAUGGGAAACCAUUCUGGAUGGGAAGAGACUGCCCCCGUUUGAAACCUUCUCUCAGGGACCCACCUUACAGUUCACACUACGCUGGACAGGUGACCCCAAUGACCCCUCUACAGCACCUGUGGCCAAGCCACUAUCCACACGCAACUCUGACACCAGCGCCCCAGAGAGUCGCACCCCCACCCUCAGAUCCACCCCCGUGGCUGUGAAAGACUCAGUGAACACCAGCAGCAGCAGCGGUAGUGGUGUGCAGACCAGGAGAGAACAGUCCGUCUGUGAGCCCAGACAGAAACUACGGAUCUUCUACCAGUUUCUGUACAACAAUAACACACGGCAGCAGACGGAGGCUCGGGAUGACCUGCAUUGUCCGUGGUGCACGCUGAACUGCCGAAAACUCUACAGCCUCCUCAAACACCUCAAACUCUCCCACAGCCGCUUCAUCUUCAACUACGUGCCUCAUCCUAAAGGGGCCAGGAUAGAUGUGUCUAUAAACGAGUGCUACGACGGGUCCUAUGUGGGAAAUCCCCAAGAUAUCCACAGCCAGCCCGGCUUCGCCUUCAGCCGUAAUGGCCCCGUCAAGAGGACAGCUGUCACUCAUAUCCUGGUCUGCAGGCCCAAGCGCACUAAACCAAGCCUGUCCGAGUUUCUGGAGUCGGAGGACGGGGAGCCGGAGCAGCAGAGGAUGUAUGUGAGUGGCCACAACCGUCUCUACUUCCACAGCGACAGCUGUAUGCCCCUAAGGCCGCAGGAGAUGGACGUGGACAGUGAGGACGAGAGAGACCCCGAGUGGCUCAGAGAGAAGACCACCACGCAAAUUGAGGAGUUCACCGACGUGAAUGAGGGAGAGAAGGAGGUGAUGAAGCUGUGGAAUCUCCAUGUGAUGAAACAUGGGUUCAUAGCCGAUAACCAGAUGAACCAGGCCAUCAUGCUGUUUGUGGAGAACUGCGGGCCACACGUCGCACGCAGGAACCUAUGGCGCAACUUCCUGCUGCACCUGGUCAGCAUGCACGACUUCAACUUGGUCACCACGGCAACCAUCGACCGGGCAAUGACGCGUCUGCGGGAGAUCCAGGCUGAGCUCCCGGAGGUGGAGGAAGGGCAGGAGGGCGUGGAAGCUGCCUGCAAUGGCCAUGCCGUCUCCUCAGGGUUCACUCUCCACGGCAAACGCACCAAGAGCGCCGUCUCAGACUGACCGCCUGCCAGACUCAAGAGCUCAAACCAUGCACACUCCUGCCAGACUCAAGUGCUCUGGAAUCAACUUUGUGGUGCUUCAGGCAUUCACCAAACACUGCUGGACUUCUGGAAGUCACGAAAAACUCUGCUGUGCUUCUAGAGUUCAUCUAGAGUUCAUCUGCUUUGCUUCUAGAGUUCACCAAAACUCGGCUGUGCUUCUAGAGUUCACCAAACUUCUGCUGUGCUUCUAGAGUUCACCAGACUUCUGCUGUGAUUCUAGAGUUCACCAAACUUCUGCUGUGCUUCUAGAGUUCACCAAACCUCUCCCAAAUGAUAGGACAAAACCCCUCUUCUUACCUUUAAACAUAACGUCUGUCAGUUUGUUCACUUUGCAACAUUUCGUUGGUUUCCCUGUAAAAUUAAAACAUAAAUCAAAUAUCUUCAUUAAUUUAGUGAAAAACAAAAGGGUCUAGGGCGGCAUGGUGGCGCAGUGGGUUGCGCUGUCACCUCCCAGCAAGAAGGGCCUGGGUCCGGCCAGGUGAGCAGGGUCCCUUCUGUGUGGUGUUUGCAUGUUCUCCCUGUGUCUGCUUGGGUUUCCUCCAGGUGUUCCAGUUUCCUCCCACAGUUUAAACACAUGCAGUCAGGCCAACUGGAUAAGCUAUAUUGCCCCUAGGUGUGAAUGUGUAUUUCUGUCUGUCUGCCUAUCCUGCGAUGGACUGGCGACCUGUCCAGGGUGUAUCCUGCCUUCUGCCCAGUGACUGCUGGGAUGGGCUUCAGCUCCCCCCGUGACCCAGAAGGAUAAGCGGCUUACAAAGUGUGUGUAUGUGUGUGUGUGAGAGAGAGAAAAGGGUCUAAGGAUUUCAGUACAACAUAGAUAAAUUGAGCGUAUACAGUAUUGUUAAAUUUAAAGAGUGCAUGUAAAUGUAUCUCAUGUACUAUUUUUCAUGGAAACCACUGGCAGUGUGAUAAACUCGUAUAACACUCGUUUAGUUAUUGUAGACUUCACAGAGAUUUUUGGUGUUCUAGAAUGCACAGAGACCGUUUUUGGUGUUCUAGAAUGCGCAGAAACGGUUUAGGUGUUCUACAAUGUAUAGAAACGCUCAUGGUGCUCUAGAAUGCACAGAAACUAUUUUGUUGUUCUAAGAUGCACAGAAAUGGCAUUGGUGUUCUAGAAUGCACAGAGACAGUUUCAGUGUUCUAGAAUGCACAGAGACAGCUUUGGUGUUCUAGAACGUAAAGAAAUGGCUUUGGUAUUCUAGAAUGCACAACAACUAUUUUGUUGUUCUAAGAUGCACAGAAACUGACUUUGUGUUCUAGAAUGCACGGAAACUGUCUUGGUGUUCUAGAAUACACAAACUAUUUUGAUGUUCUAAGAUGCACAGAAACUGACAUGGUGUUCUAGAAUGCAUGGAAUCUGUCUCAGUGUUCCUGAAUGUACAGAAACUGUCCUGUUGUUCUAGAAUGCAUAGAAACUCAGUGUCUCAGUGUUCUAGAAACUUGACUAGAACCGUCUUUACCAGAAGACGGAGGCUAAAAGCUGUAGAGGCAGAUCUGAGCUGAUUGUAGACGAGUCUUGGUCUGUGAGGGAACAGCUGUCUGGAAAGGCUGCGUUUUGGACUGACACCGGUUUUACGGAUUGAAGCAGUUUGGACUGAAUCCUGCCUUUUUAAAAAAAUUUUUAACACACAACAAGCAGUCGUGAGUUCUCUCCCGUAGACGUCAUUCAGCUGAGGGUUCCCUGUUUACUCACAGCAGCCUCUCUACUCUGCCCUCACAAUCAUGGCUAGGAUGCGUUCAUCUCUGAGUAGUUUCUUGAGUGCUGUAUGUCAUUUCGUGAAUAUCUGUAGAAUGGAAUACUGUUAGUCUUGAUUAUUUGUAUGCAUUUAAUCAUUUCUUUCACAGUCAUUUCUUUCAGUGGUCAUUUAGCACUUCUUUCACAAGCUGAUGGCUCUAGAUGGUGAACAAUGGACAGUGAUUUUUCAUUUGUGCGUCAGACUUUAUCAAGCAAUGGUCCUCUAUGUGUUUUAUUGGCCCAUAGUUGUUUUUAAAUUAGCGAUCGAUGUGAAAUGCAGGUUUUUUUUUCUUUUUUGAUAACUGCAGUCGGUCGCCACCAACAACUGACCUGUCGAUGCUUCCAUGUGGGUUGGUAUGACUUUCUUUUUCAGCACCUUUCCUACGUUGUUCUGAGCAUUAUUAAGUAAUCAGCAAUAUUAUACCUGUGUUCAUGGAAGGAAAGCUCUUUCUUCAGUCAAGCUUGUGAUUUUUUGACCCCCCUAUAUUGCCUUUAUGGGGUAAACUGAUCUAAAUUGUUUUUGGAACACCAUUGGACUGCUUUUGAAAACGAACAAAAUGAAUGAGUGAAUGGAUGGAUGAACAAAAAGAGGGACCACUGCAAACCCCCUGCAACGGAUUUCUUCAGGAAACGACAGAACCCAAAUGGUAGAAUAGUUUUCUAGAUCUGGAAAUCUCGUUGAGACUUUGAGCAGUAUAUAAAAGACUAUGGUAAAUGUGUCAUAGCAUAUGAAAUGCCAAAGUAUAUGACGAAACUCCCCUCUUUUCAUAAUACCAUGUAUAUUUCAAUUUGUUCACUUUGCAACAUUGCAUAGGUUCCCCUGUAACAUGAAAAUAUAUGACAGAUUAAAGUCUUGACUAAUUUAGUGAAAAAUAA